AUGCCGCUCCGGGACUACUUUGUUCUAUUCACUUCCCUAGACUUCUACCAGAAUAAGACAAGCUGUGACGACGCCUUCGACAACGAUGUUGCCGGCAGAGGUGUCGUCGCGUCUCUGGUGGUGUCGGCCGCCGCAACCACCCUCCUGGCCAUAUGCGCCCCGUUCCUGGACGGCAUCGCCGGCUACGGGCUCCAAGGCGGGCUCCAAGGCUGCGAGGGCGUCUUCUCCCGCAGCAUGAACGAAUGGCUGUUCAGCAAGUUCAGCCAGCCCGCCCGCCAGCACUGCGACUUCCUCCGCAAGGUCCUCACCCGCGUCAUGAUCACGCUCGGGGACCAGCAGGUGCUGACGGGCAUCGCCGUCCUCAUCAGCGGCUACAUCCGCGCCAUGCAGAACCACUCGCAGAGGGUCGAGGACUACGCCCGGUGGCGGUACCGCCUCGUCGAGAACCACUUCUUCCUCAUCGUCUACCUGGCCUGUCUGUCCAGCAGCUCGCACCUGGCCGCCGUCGUCACCCUGAAGCGCUAUCUGAUCGCCAACAAGGUGCUGGCCUUCCUGCGCCUGUCGCUGAUCGUGCUGUUCGCCAUGCUGCUCACCAUCACCAUCUGCCUGGCCGUGCCCUUCGGCCCGCCCACCAUCCUGUAUCUCUCCAUCGAGGAGGACAUCCAGACCGAGCAGCAGAUGUGCGCCAUCUGGGAGGAGAGCUACGGCGCCUGCAAGGACAUCAAGCUGCAUCGCUUCUGGCUCGUCGUCUUUUACAUCGUCACCGUCGUCGCCGUGCUGUACCCCUACUGGAUCGCCAUCAUCAACACCUUCGAGAGCUGGAACGAGGAGCUCGGCGCACACUUUAGGAGCUUCUGGCAGCUUGAGAGCAAGUGGCUGCCCAUGCAUUGGAUCCGGAAGGCCUUCUCGCGCCUGGACAGGGCUGGCCCGGGAAACUUCUGGAAGGCGUCGCGGAGGGGCGUCAAGGCCGCGUUCUUGUUCCUGGCUCUGGGAAGCUCGGGCGAAGCCUACUGCCUGCAGAUCUUGUUCUUCUCCGUGUCGCUGUUCUACGUCUUGCUGCAGCGCAUGUCCAACAAGCCCACCGACGAUCCGACGCUCUGCGAUCUCUCUGCCGGAGGGACCAAGUGGGGGUUUGGUCAGAUCUUGCCCAUGAUCUUGCUGGCUGCGCCCAUCGUUUCUGGCGUCGUGUCGUAUUUCGAAAUCAAAAGCGAUAUGGAGAAAGAGAAGCGGAGGAAUCAAGCCGAAGAGAAGGAAGCCUUGUCUGCUGAGCAAAUCGCAUGA